AUGGCUGAAAAAGCUCUACGCGAUCUUAAUCGGUUAUUGACCGAUCAUAAAGAAUCGACUACGAAAAGACUGGAAGAAAUUUCUUCUCAAUUAAAAAUAAGAAAAGAGGCCGAUGAUUACUCAGAGAAAGAUUUAAGUGAAUGGCUACAGAUGCUGGAAAAACUCAAACAACAGCUAUUAACACCGUCAAAUGUGAUGUUGCAGAAAGUGAGUAAUGAAAUAUGGUUGCAACCAAUGGUAGUUAUGACAGCUUCUCUUAAUUCACCAGACAAAUUUGACAAAGCAAGUGAUAACAUUAAAAUAUUGGAAAAUGGUUUCGUUGCAGAACACGAUGGAACAACUGAUCAUGGUGAAGUUCGAGGUUUCAAGACAUACUCAACAGGUACACAUAAAAUUAAUUUGAAAAUUGAAGAGAUGAAAAAUAACAAUUGGAUGUUUUGGGGAAUUAUAUCACAAAGUACUGCAAUGCAACACAAUUCUUACUCUUCAACAUCAGCUAACGGAUGGGCGAAGAAUCCUAAACAAGUCUAUUUGAAUGGUGUAAACAAUGAAGGGUACAAUAACUAUCAGGCUGACAUUGUUAAAAAUGAUAUUCUUCACCUAACACUGAAUUGUGACAGUCAAAUUAUCGAACUUGAAAACGAACGAACAAAUCAAAAAAAUUCUAUUCCUAUUGACUUAAAUCGCUGUCCAUUUCCGUGGCAAUUACAUAUUAAUUUAUACAGCAGUAACGAUCGCAUCCGCAUAUUGGAAUAG